AUGGAUAGUGAUUCUGGCGAGAUGAGGAAGGCGCAGAAGUGCAACAAGGGCAUAGUCCUCGACAAAGCGAUCCAAUAUAUCGCGGAGCUGGAAAAGGAAGUCCAGAGGUUGUCGAAGGAGAAUUCUGCACUAGAAAUGAUUGUUAAAGGCAGGGUCCCUAAUUAUCUUAUGUUGGGACUUAAUAAGGCAAUGGUGUAUGCGUAA